AAUGCCCUUUUUUCACCCCAAAUCCCCCCGCAGACGUUGCUGGCCCGCCGGGAGCAGGUGGCCCUGUGGGUGGCCCUGGACGAUGUGGCCGAAGAUGACCCCGAGCUGGCCGAAGCCGUGGUGGAAAACGUCCGGCGCUACAGCCGCGUCUUCUCGGACGCUGUCCACGAGCUGCUGCCCCUCUUUGGCUCUGCUGAGGCCCACCCUCGGGACCCCCUGGAUGUUUACCUGGAGCAUCGGCUGCUGCUGGAGCAGCGGGGCCGGGCUGCGGGAGCCCCCAGGACCCCCCAAAAUCAGUUCCCCCCGGAGCUGCUGCGGCGUUUCGAGCUGUAUUUCCGCGCCCCGUCCUGCUCCAAGCCGCUCUCCCCGCGGGAUCUCCGCGCCGGCAGCGUCGGCUCCCUGGUCACGGUGGAGGGAAUCGUCACCCGCGCCGGCGAGGUGCGGCCGCUGCUGCGCGUGGCCACCUACAGCUGCGACCAGUGCGGCGCCGAGACCUACCAGCCGAUCGAGGGCCCGACUUUUACGCCGCUGCUGCUCUGCCCGAGCCGGGAGUGCCAAACCAACCGCUCGGGGGGGCGGCUCUACCUGCAGAGCCGGGGCUCCAAAUUCACCAGAUUCCAGGAAUUACGGAUCCAGGAACACUCGGAGCAGGUGCCCGUGGGUCACCUGCCGCGCUCGCUGCCGCUGCACCUGAGCGGGGCCAACACGCGCCAGGCCCAGCCCGGGGACCACGUGCGGGUGAGCGGAGCCUUCCUGCCCCUGCUGCGGGCGGGGCACGCGCAGGUGGCACAGGUGAGUCCCAAACAC